ACCAACAACAGGAAGAAAUAUUUCAUGACAAGAAAAUUAAUUUCGAGGAUUAAUUGAUCCACUGCUAAUAACUCUUCAACUUUCCAAUUAGCAUUACAGCAGCGGGUUUGUUGGGAUUAAUCCCUCCAAAUCGUGUUACGGACCAAUUUCCCAUAUUGCAUUUGGGGCUUUCUCUAUCAGACCAGGUGCCCAAUCUGAGAAAUGGAAAUAAGAAAAGCCGAAUGGUCCAACAGGGAUCAGAAUUGAUAAGAUCGAUGACGCGGUGUCCUUAGCUGAGCACAGUGUCUGUGGCUUCAGUCUCUGGCCUCACACUUGUUCCUCCUGGACUUCUUUUACGCACCAUGGACAGCAACAGCACGAAGCCGUGGAGCUCCGGCUCUCACCAUCCAUACAUCCCCGAAGAGAUGGGGACGAUGGCGCCCACCAUCUUCCCUCGGGUGGGCUACAGUAUACUUUCUUUCCUCAUGUUCAUCAACACAGUCCUGUCAGUGUUUAACAACGGGCUCGUUAUAACCGUGAUGCUGAGGAAUCCGUCUCUCCUCCAUCCUAUGAACGUUUUCAUCCUCAGUCUCGCUGUGUCUGACCUCAUGAUAGGCCUGUGCGGCUCGCUGGUCGUCACCAUCACUAACUACCAAGGCUCCUUCUUUAUCGGACACGCAGCCUGUGUGUUUCAAGGAUUUGCUGUCAAUUAUUUUGGCCUGGUGUCUCUCUGCACUCUGACCCUGCUUGCUUACGAGCGCUACAAUGUUGUGUGUAAGUCAAGAGCUGGUUUAAAGUUGAGCAUGCGGAGAAGCAUCAUCGGGCUUCUGUUUGUCUGGGUCUUCUGCUUGUUUUGGGCUGUGACUCCUUUAUUCGGCUGGAGCUCCUACGGACCCGAGGGAGUCCAGACCUCCUGCUCUCUGGCAUGGGAGGAGAGAUCAUGGAGCAACUACAGCUAUCUCGUCCUCUACACGCUCCUCUGCUUCAUUUUCCCUGUUGCAGUCAUCAUCUACUGCUACUGCAAAGUGCUCACAUCCAUGAGCAAGCUGAACAGGAGUGUGGAGCUACAGGGUGGGCGCUCCAGCCAAAAGGAGAAUGAUCAUGCCAUCAGUAUGGUGCUGGCCAUGAUUAUAGCUUUUUUUGUCUGCUGGCUGCCCUACACGGCGUUGUCAGUGGUGGUAGUUGUGGAUCCAGAGCUCUACAUCCCUCCACUGGUCGCAACCAUGCCCAUGUACUUUGCCAAGACCAGCCCUGUGUAUAAUCCGAUCAUCUACUUCCUUUCCAACAAGCAGUUCCGCGACUCCGCUCUGGAGGUGCUGUCAUGCGGCCGCUACAUUCCCCACGGGCCCACCAGUGUCAGCAUCAACAUGCGCACCUUGAACAGAAGGACCCCAGCUUCCUUAAGCAGGAGUGUCAACACGCACAGCAAGGUGCUGCCUCUGUGACUUUUCUCCAGCAAAAAAAAAACCAAAGACGCUGCCAUGGUUGUCAGUUGGUUGUAUUGGUGCGUCAUCACAGACACAGACCUGCACAUCCACAGGCUGGUGUCUUUCAGAGAGGUCUUCACUGUAGCCAGAUGAGAACAGAAUCAGCACAGAGACUUAACAGCUGAUUCAGAAGGUGAAGCAAACAACAGGGAAACCUUAGUAUAUGCAGGAAUACAAUCCAAUCCAAUACCACUGAAAAUAAGUGCUUAUUUUGUUCAUCCUUUGUUUUGAUUAAUCUCUUUUUGAGACUACUUUGUCUUGGCGUUUUAUUGAACAGCAUUAUAUUGCAGGGUGUACUGUAGUAGGUUUUAUUUCUGUGAUUUGUUUAGAUCAAUAAACUGUUACAUUUUUCAUAUUGGUGUUUGCAGGUGUGUGUGCAUGUGGGAAAAUAGCCAAAAAAAGAUUGGAGAUCUUGAAAGAACAGAAAACACUGGCUGAAAUGAAUGUUUUCAUUUGUUUUUUUAACAAGCCUGGGCAAGUCACAGACCCCCGGACUUUGACCCCUGACCUUUUGUUCAAAUAAAAUGCAUUGGAGCUGUUUUUGUGUAGUGUGAGAAAACACUUCCUACUUUGUGAAAAUCACAUAGGUGAUUAACAUUUGCAGGGAGUUGCAUAAUGAAAUAUUGAUUCAUACCUUUAAUACACUUUGCAACUCUUUUUAUAUUACAAGGCCUUUUUCUGGGAACCAGUGCUCUGAUUUUAUAUAAGAUAUACUGGACAGCACCUCUGCGUAUGUAACAUUAUUAUGCAAAUACACAGAAUUAAAGUCAACAGUAGCCAGCUCUAUCAUCCAGUCAACAGUGACAGCAAGGCCAAAUAAUUUUACUUAUUAGGGAUUAUGCAAUAAAUCCUGCCUUUAGCCAACACACAAUUUCCACUGCAGCACAAAACACAAUAUUAUAUUGCUGCCGUGUAUAUACAUGUCAUUUCAAAUACAAGCACCUGUGUGAAUGCAGGAUUUGAUCAGCACAAUUAUUUUACAGUUGAAGGGAACAACAAAGGCAAUGUAAUGUGCUCAAAUCGUUUUGCAAUUCCCACAAAAUCACAGUGGAAAAAUCAUGGCAAAAUUUGGAUGCACUUGUUCACCUUGAGCAACACCUGUUUUCAACAAUGAGUGAGUGAGUGAGUGAGUGAUUCAGGCAGUGAAAGACUUUCAUUUCUCUGGGUUAGCCUGCUCUGUGGUCUGGCAACUCUGUAUUUAUAUUAUUUGCAGUUUUAAAUCUUUGCAGACAGUUCAGAGGGGGAUUAGACAGUUCGGGGAAAGAUGACAUAAUGAAAUAGUCUCUGGGCCUGAUUCAAACCCAGGACAUCGUGUCUCACAUGGCACACGCCUGAGCCCACACUGAGUCACCAGCAUGAAGAUUACUGUGCAUCAGAGAAUAAAGAUGAAAUGAAAAGACAAAUUUUAGUUGUUGAGUUAAUGCUAGCCACUAGGAUUAUGAUUUUGUUCGAUUGUUUAUUAUUUACUGAUUUACUUUAUUUUAUUGUUAUGUUUUUUUUUUAUUAUUUGGCUCAUAUUUUUCUUUUUGGUGCAAUGAUUUUAUUACAUUUAUUAAACCAUGAACCUUUCACAAUAACAAAAUACUGUAUGCCUUUAUAAUAAUGUCAGAGAAUCUGGCUUUUUUUUUUUUUCAAACACUGACAAAGUCAUUUGCAAGUCAUCAUGCAUUAUUUUUUAUUUUGUUCCAUGUGAAUUUUUGCUCCCUCUCUCUUGCUUAUUCGCUAACAGGUAUGAUCAGCUGAUCAUACCUGUUAGCGAAUAAGCAAGAGAGGAAGGAAGAUCAGUCUCUCAUUGGUGAGACUGAGAUCCAGCUGUCCAAUCCACAGCAAACACAAGGACAAUACAGUCAGCAUCAUGAGAGUUCAUUCUCUCUUGACUCACUCUCUCUGACUUUGUUGAACUGCUGUCCUCUGCUGUUGUUAAAUCUGUAUGUAAGUUUGGUCUGCCUUCUACUAUACACUAUGCACACAAAUGGGUUUUCUGUUUCUGCACAUACACCAGGCUGCCCACUAAGGUGCCCACACUGCAGUCUUUUGAAUAGUCCUUUUGUAGAUAUGUUUGGCUUGUUUAGAUUGGUUAAAAAAAAAAGUCAGGGUGAAUUUUUGUUCAAUUUCUUAUUUUGUCCUGUUCCCUCCCACUUGUUCAACACGCUUGAUGUAAAUAUUGUAAAUGGGAAUCUAAUUCUAAAUAAAGAAAAUGUUUUUCAUUUGCAACUACUCCUUUGCCUCAACAUUUUUAUCACAACGUCAUAAGCUGCUUAUGAUGUUCCCUCUGUUUAUGGUGUCCUAAAAUAUGUACAGUUUAUUUGUUUGCACCAAGAAGUUUGUUGAAUGGUUUCACAAGUUUUCUUCUCCAGAACUUCCUGUUUUUGAAUCUAUUUGAUUUUGAGAGACAUUCAAUCACUCUAACAUGUCGGAUGGUCAGGAGGAAAAUGUAUUGUGUUGAUCUAAUCCCAGAUUUGGCAUAGUCCAUAGGCUUGUACAUCUCAAGCAAAUAGCAUUUCACACUUUAUCUCCAAACAGGAUUACACAAUGUCAUGCUAUAAUCCAGCAGCACGGCUCCUUUUAUUUCCUGAGCCAAUUCAAGAACUCCCAAGUUAUCCAUCUGGCAUGCUUAAUACAAAGCCUUUAACCUUUGUGAGGAAGGCUACUAUAUAUAAUGAAAUGGAUAGCUGUUUAAUUCACAAGCAUAUUCAUAGUCUAUGCACCUUAGUGCAGAUCCACUGCAUCUCAUCUUUGAGCUGCUUUUUAAAGAUGGGCAUCAGGAUUGAGACAAUAGUGACGUAUAUGCUUUUCAAUUAACAGCCAUCCUUUUUUUUCCAGUUGUCUCUGCUGUGAAUACACAGCACAGUUUUUAAUGAAUGUGAACAGUGAAGACUCCCAGGUGACCCGCUGGUGCUGUGGAGUGAUAAUGAAAAGGGCGGGUACUUUUGGUGUAACUUGUCCAAGCUGCAGUUUCACCCAUUAAUAUCAUUCAUUCAGAGGAGAAUCACUUGCCUUGAUGUAUGUUUGCUCAGAUUAUCCAGGAUGAAGAUACAGAAGUAAACAUG